GGUCGGUAUCGCGGCGGCUGCGGGUCGGAGUAGCCUCCGGGAGACCCGAGCAAGCAGACGCGGCCCUGGGCCGCCGGCGCGCUCAGUAUGGCGAUGGGGAAAUAGAUGGGAAGCACUAGAAAAAGUUCCCCAGCCAGUCAGCGGUGGCAUUGGGACCCUCCUCUCCCUCGGAAGCCUGUGAUUGGACAAAUGAAGAAGCUUUUCUCAAAGUAUGCAUUUCAUCUUCUCAGACGAGGCUGUGCUUCUGUUUGAUUUCUGGAGUGUCCACAGCCCUGCAGGCAUGGCCCUUUCUGUGCUGGUGGUCCUGCUCCUGGCUGUGCUGUACGAAGGCAUCAAAGUUGGCAAAGCCAAGCUGCACCACCGUACUCUAAUGAGCCUGCCCACUGCCACCAGCCAGCAGCUCAUCUUGGAGACAGACCAGGAUUCUGCAGGCGCAGGCUCAGACUCAUCCCCAGUCAGCAGCACCAACCUCAGGUGGUUUUUGUGUCACUUUGGCCAGUCUCUAGUCCAUGUCACUCAAGUGGUCAUUGGCUACUUCAUGAUGCUGGCUGUAAUGUCCUACAACAUCUGGAUUUUCCUCGGUGUGGUCCUGGGCUCGGCUGUGGGCUACUACCUGGCCUACCCACUUCUCCGCCUGGUUUAGCUGGUGAAGGAUUUGCAGGCACUCAGGGCUGGAGGGAGCUGGGCACCUUCUUCCAGGCAUUGCACUUCAGUGGAUUUUUCUCCUGGUGGCCAUUCCUCACCUCCUUUUCAGCUCCUGGCAAAUUGGAGCUGAAGCCAGCACUUGUUCCCUGGAGUUCAGAGGCCACUGAAGCCACCCUCUCCUCGGCCAGCCUGCACAGGGCCUGGGCCUAUUCUGGUGCCUUAAGAAGGCUGCUGUGACCAAUGGAGAAAGAAAGCAGAGACUACAGCCUGGGGACAGGGUUGCUGAGCCUAGACACAUCCCUGUGAUGCAGGAAUAAGAAUUUCCAAAGGUCUUCAGGACAGGGAGGUGGGAUCUGGGUGAGGAAGGCCACAGAACCUGGAAACCCUCUCUCUGCUUUGUGCCUUAUCGACAGGAGCAUCUUUCUGGACUUCUGUCUUUGGGGGACAGAGACCAAAAUAGCUCCUUUUUCUGACCUUCGUGCCUUUGGAACACAUAGUUUGUCCACAUGAUCCACAAAAUAGACUAAGACUUUUACAUUUUUCCCACUGAACUCCUGAUUAGCACUUUUGCACACUCAUACAAAACAAAGUUUUUCAAAGAAAUUAUUUCAUCUUAUUCAUGAUGGAAGGCAGCAACCGCUGAGACCUGCCUCCCUUUCUUGGGGAGAGAAUAAGUGACAACUGAUUAAAGGCGGCUGGUUUGUCCUCUGGAUGGACUGAGCUCCUUCCACCCGACGGCACUGCCCACAGGGGAGGGUAAUCUAAUGGCCAAGGUGUCUGGGAGUGCCUCAUGGCCUCAAUUCCCCCCCCCCCUUUUAAUAUGGAUCCUCUUUUAUCACUUACUGCCCACUCAUAGAGACCUGUGGGGAAACACAAUUCAGUCACUGAAAAUACAGGUUAAGCCUAAGGGGACAUUGACUGGAUGCAGGGAGCAGUCAAACCAAAGCCAGUGCAUUUUUAGUUAGACAAACUCUGGAUAUUUUAACCUCUUCACUUUACAGAAAAGAAAAUCUUUUUAUCAAUUUACAGGGAGAGAAAAUCGCUGCUGUGGACUAUAAUGCCCAUGUUCAAGUACCUCACAGGCUAGAUGAAAAGAUGUCUUAAGCUUUGGGAAUUAAAAACAAUUACAUUUUAAUAAAUACAUAUUUUUAAACAGUCA